AUGUGCUACCGGAAGGGCAUAUAGGAAAACAUGGCGCUCUCGUGUCCUUUGGUUGUAUCUGGUUUGAUUCGAGAUUUUCGUUAUUGCACCUUCCGUUAUUCUUCCAGUUUCCGAAGUGUUUAUAGUCUAAAUAACCUUUAUCCGGACAGUGAAAGACGGUUACGGACGGACACAGACAAAGAGCUUCCAGAUAUCCCUGUAGACCGCCUAAGCAUCUCAUACAGCAAAAGCAGUGGCCCUGGGGGGCAGAAUGUUAACAAAGUUAACACGAAGGCUGAAGUGCGGUUUCAUUUGCCAUCAGCUGAGUGGAUUUCUGAAGAUGUAAGGCAGAAGAUCUCUGUACAGCAUAAAAAUCGCAUAAAUAGGAAAGGGGAACUCAUCAUAGUCUCUGAAGUGAGCCGUUAUCAGAUGCGUAACCUGGCAGACUGCCUCCAAAAAAUCCGUAGCAUCAUCUCAGAGGCCAGCCAGAAGCCAAAAGUCAUCACCAAGGAGAAUGCAGAGCUUCACCGUAUGAGAGUGGAAAUAAUGAACAGAGAGCGUCUGCAACAGAAAAAGAUUAAUUCCUCUAUAAAACAGAGUCGGAAAGUGGAUCUGGACUAAUGUAGCUUCAUGUACAUGGUGCUUGGGUUAUCAUCCACUGCAGGCAUACACCGGUGGGCCAUAGUUUUUUCCCCAAAGAACUAUGUCCAGGUCUGCCCAGCAGUGCACAAUUAUUUUACAGGCCGUCUUGGACUGGAAAUGCUUUAGAGGAUACAAAUAAACUGUACUGUGUUCACAUGAUCAAACAGUUUGAUAUAUACAACUGUCAUUUUGUUAAAUAUGUCUGGUUACAGCUAACAUCAGUUAGUGUACAGUUCUAUAAAUACUUUAUGAAUAACAAACUGAAGUUCAAAUCC